AUGUGGAUAUGUGUAUCCAAUGAUUUUGAGUUUCAGAAUCUGGUUGUUAAGUUCUUCAAUUCUGUUCCUAACCAAAAUCACCACGAGAAUAGUAGAAACUUUGAUACGGAGCAACUACGAAAUAAAGUAAGAAAUGCACUUGCUGGUAGAAAGUUCUUACUCGUGUUGGACGAUGUAUGGAACGAGGAUCGUGUCAAAUGGGAAGAGUUGAAAGAUUUAAUUCAAAUUGGUGGUCAAGGAUGUAAAGUCAUAGUGACGACGCGUAGCCUUAAAGUUGCUGAGAUGAUGGGGACUCACUCGUCGUCUAUUGAUUUGCAAGGUCUUUCUCGAGAGGAUUCCUUGUCUGUGUUGUACAAAUGGGCUUUCAAAGAAGGAGAGCAAACCAAGCAUCCUGAAUUGGUAGAGAUUGGAAAAAGUAUUGUUGAUAAAUGUGGAGGAGUUCCGUUGGCGCUAAGAACAUUAGGGAGUUCACUUUUCUUAAAAGUCGAUAUACGAGAAUGGAUGUUUGUGAGAGACAACGAGAUUUGGAAUUUGCCACAAAAAGAAGAUGACAUUUUGCAUGCUAUCAAGUUAAGUUAUGAUCAAUUACCUUCUUAUUUGAAAAGAUGUUUUGCUUGCUUCUCCCUCUUUGAGAAAGACUUUCAAUUCAACAGUUUUCAUACUAUUGUACUUUGGGAAGCACUUGGUCUUCUUCAUUCUCCACACAAGGGUGAAACCUUGAAAGAUAUUGGCAAUCAAUAUCUACAUGAGUUGCAGUCAAGAUCUUUUCUUCAAGAUUUUAUUGACUAUGGCAGUGCUUACAAAUUCAAAUUGCACGAUUUAGUGCACGAUCUUGCAUUGUAUGUUUCAAGAGAUGAGUUUCAAUUGUUGAGCUCCCCUAGUGAAAACAUAUCUGAAAAUGCCUUACAUUUGUCGUAUACUAAAAGCCAUUUGCUUGGAAAAACCGACUUUCCUCUAGGUUUGAGAACCAUACUUUUUCCUCUCGGAGUCAACGAUGAAGCUUUCUUGAAUACUCUGGUCUCAACAUGCAAAUACUUGCGGGUUUUGAAAAUAAAUAAUUCUGGAUAUGAGAGCUUGCCUCACUCCAUUGGUAAGUUAAAACACUUACGAUAUCUUAAUCUUGAAGAUAAUGAAGAACUCAAGAGCCUCCCGGAUUCAGUGUGCAAACUCCAAAAUUUAAUAAAUUUGAAUCUCAGUGGAUGCACAGAGCUACGAGAAUUGCCCAACCGAAUAGGAAACCUAAUCAGCCUUCAACAACUACAUAUAACCACAAGGCAAAGUAAAUUUCCAGACAAAGAGAUUGCAAAGUUGACUUCUCUGGAAAUAUUAACUCUUGUUUCUUGUGACAAAUUGAAGUCAUUGUUUGAAGGAAUAGAACUCCCUAGUCUUAAAUAUUUGGACAUUGGUUCUUGUCGGAGUCUGAAAUAUGUGCCUCUUCACGUUAUUCCAAACUUAGAGAGUUUGUCUAUUGAUGGCUGCAAUAAGUUGAAACUGUCAAUGGGCCACGAUGACAACCAAAUUGCCAAGUUGAGGUUAAAGUUAUUGUAUCUCGAAUCUUUGCCCCAGCUAGCAACUUUUCCUCAGUGGUUACGAGGAUGUGCGGAGACAUUACAGUCCUUGGUAAUUGUUGAUUGUGACAAUCUUGAUGAGCUUCCUAUGUGGUUGUCAAGUCUGUUUUGUCUAAAAACAAUUUCAAUCGAAAAUUGUCCAGGGCUACUUUCACUCCCCGAUGAUGUGCAUCACCUCACAAACCUUGAAUAUUUAAAAAUGAAAGGGUGUCCUGGAUUAUGCAGAAGAUAUCAGCCUAAAGUUGGACAGGAUUGGUCCAAGAUAUCACAUAUCAAACAAGUUAUCAUUGAAUCACGGGAACUAGAAAAUUAA